AGAAGCCGAAGGAUGACACAGUCGUGCAGCAUGGAAAGCAAAGGGCUGGUGGCUGAGCUGCAGAGAGCAGCUAUCUGCCCGGCCUGCAGGGGUCACUUUAAGGACCCAGUGAUCCUCGACUGUGACCACAGCUACUGCCGGGCUUGUAUCACUCGCUACUGGGAUGCGGAGGCCACAAAGGAGAAUGGCCCUCGGGUUGUAUCUUGCCCCCAGUGCAAGAAAGUCUUUGAGAGGAGGAACCUCCGCACCAACGUCAAGCUGGCAGUAGAAGUCAAGAUCACCCAACACCUCAACGCCAAGACAGCCCAGGCACCCCUUGCCCCAAAGUCCAAGCGCCGCCGUGGAGGGUGGAGGCCCACAACCAGCAUCCCAAAAGAAAAGGAAAGCUUCCGAGAAUUCUGCAGCUGUUAUGGUGACAUGGCAAAACCGUCCUGCCCGAAGGCUGAUGGCUGGAAAGAAGCAAGGCCAGAAUAGUGAAUGCAAUACAGAAAGAACAAACAAAGCUGCUUUCAAACAGCUAAUGUUUGGAUACCUUCACCACCCAUUUUCACCUGAAUAGUCAACCAAGAGCUCUUCCAAGUGACUCUGUUUUCCAAAACCCACUGCAUGGAAGGGAUGGAGAAGUUAAUGUGGCUGCCAGUCCUGAAUUCUGGAUACAUUGAGAAAAAUGUCCUUUGUUGAUGCCUGGAAACAUCUGGACUUCACUUCUUCAUAUCCACUUCAACAGAACCCUUAACAGUAGCACCAAAUUUCAGGAUUGAAGUUGCCUCUAGUUCCACCCAUAACUGAGCAGAUCAGAUUUUUGGAUGGAAAUGCCUUUGCUUCAAGGCCAAGACUUCGAAGCUCUAAUCAGCGCUCUGGAAAAACCCAUCUCUGCCUCCUCCAAAUGUCACUAGAUAUGGGCGACAUGACAGAAGGAAGCUUGUGGGGGUUUCGUCUUUUAGGUUGCUGCUGAAUCUAGAUUGAAAAUUAAUCUGGAAAGGGGGAAUUGAUGUCAGACAAGGAUAGGAAACCAGGGCACUGGAGCUGUAAUCCUCCAAAAGGUAUAUAAUGCAAUUGCACCAAACCUGUGUGGCAACCAAUAUAUCCCUGCCACAGCUACCAGGAGCAGUCCGUCAGCAAAAAGCUGUAAUGUGUGUAAUUUUCCUGUAAACUAACAGAAUAUUGUGGGCAAUGUAUCUUUAAUCUUCUAGCCCAGGGCAGGAGGAAGCUCCAUGUUAAAGUCACCUGGGUCAGAGUUGAAGGGAGAUAGUGGGCCUUGGUUUGUCUGAGCUUCUUGAGUUAGUUGUCUACCAUUUCACUCCUGGAAUUCAUUUCACUGGUCACUUUCCUUCAUCUUCUUUCCUGAUGGAAACUGUUUCCACCUUUUGCAUUCAUAGAAUCAAAAAGGGCUGGAAGGGGCCCUGGAAGUUUUCUAAUCCUACUGAAGUGCAGGAGACCUUGUCCUAUCCCAGGCAAAUGGCUGUCCAAUCUUUUCUUGAAAACCUCCAGCAAUUGAGCACCCACAACUCCAGGAGGCAAGCUGUUUUUUUACUUUGAUACACCAACGCCACCACAGUGUGGAUUAGUGUGGUAACCUGGUCUGUUUGUUGCUUAGGAGAAAGUGCAGAUCAGGCUUCAAUGGCUCGUUCAACAGACAAGAACAAAUACCAACUGAAUAUUAUUCACAAACCCAUUCUAUGCCGAUCUUUGAGUGGCAGCAAAAAUGAUAGCAUUUUUGGCAUGAAAUCACAUUUGCUGAAGAUCACUGUACAAUCAUUCCUCAAACCAUCAAGAGGUGGAAACAGUAGGACUUGGGGGGAAGAAACAUCACUGAUGUCAACCAGUUUCUAUAAAGUUGAGCCAGAGUCUGCCAAAAGUGGUGGCACAGUGGUUAGAAUGGAGUAUUGCAGGCUAACUCUGCAUUCCCACAGCCAGGAGGUCGAUUCUGACCGGCUCAAGGUUGACUCAGCCUUCCAUC